GCCAGUGGUCCCAAGCGUUCAUAGCAAAAGCAAAAUAUAUCUUCAAAACCCUAGCUAAACCCCCAAUUUCAAAACCCUAAUCACUUCUUUUUAUCUUUUUAGACACCUUUCCUCCUUAAUUCUUUUCUCAAUUAGGCCUUUUUUCCUUUUAAAAAUUUGUCUGUAGAUUUAUUGUGUCUAUUUCUUGCUGUAUGUUAAGUAUGGAAGUACAAAGCUUCUGCUCAAACGCGGUCGUUUUGGACAGUAUUUUUCGCUCUGCAAUUGAAACUCUGGUAGUUGAGACAGCCAUUGUCCUCAACAAUUCAAUUCCUUGGUAUCUCUUGAUGAUGGAAUCUAUGCCAAAUGAAAAGAAUAUCCUCAAUAAAGAGCUUGGAACACUUGGAAGGUUUCCCUUUUCUGAGCUUUAUGCAGUGACAAAGCCGGGUCCUGAGAACAAAGAUGGCAGUGACACUGAGGAUGAUGAAGAGGAUGAUGAUGAGGAUGCUGCAGAUGAUCAGGAUGAUGAUGCUGGUGAGGAUGAGGAUGGUUCUGAUGAAGAAGGUGAUGCUCAAGGGGACCCUGAGGAUGAGCCUGAGGCCAAUGGUGCUAACGGAAGUGGAGAUGAAGAUGACGAUGAUGACGAUGACGAUGACGAUGACGAUGAUGAUGAUGAUGGGGAAGAAGAGGAAGAAGAAGAAGAGGAUGAUGAGGAAGAUGAGGAAGAGAUUCCUCAGCCACCAGCUAAGAAGAGAAAAUGAGGCCAGAAUGUUUCAUUCUCUUGUUGUGUUUUUCUAAUUUGCCUUGUGGUUAGGGAGUUUGAGGUAGGUUCCUAGGAUGGGUAGGAUUCAAGGUGCCUCUCUGCAUUAGAUUAGAGAUGAUUCUGGUACUUUUGUGGAUUAAACUUUGUUUUAUUAUAUUUCUAAUGUUACAUCUCUC